ACUGAACUGAUCAAAGACACAGAGAAGACUUUCAUACUCAGACAAACUUAAACAAGCACAUUAGUUCCACAACUGUUGGUUCACCUUCAACAAGACAACAUUAAAAAAUGAAGGAUCUAUUUCACAGACUCCAUGUUAAACUUAAGCACCUCAAUAACCUGAGAGCUGCAGAUGUUCUUCAGAUAAAGAAACAUCCAAUACAAUCUAAUGAGUCUUAUUCUGAAGAGGAGCUGAUUCAGUCUUUCCUACAAAAAGUACUGAUGAUGAACUACAGAGCAAGAUACAUAAAAACAAAGGAAAACGAUGAACAAGCUCAAACAGAAGACAACUGUGAAUCGCCUGAGGAUGAGAGUGAUUUUUUUGAUGUUCUAAACGCAUCUAUGUCAGACAACAUUACAGGCAAAUCUAAGCAAAUUCACCCGAUGGAUGUUCAGAUGGCUGUGUUUCAUUGUGCUGAUGAUUUCCUGAAGCAGCUGAUGGUCACUAAACUGUCCCAGUGUCAGUUCGCUCUGCCUCUGCUUGUUCCUGACAUAUUCACACAACAGAUUGAGUUUCCUCUCUGGACAUUCAGACAAAUCACCAAAAGCUGGAAGAUCAGAAACACCAACAAUGAAACCAUGAGUCAAACCCAGCCGAUCUACAAGGCACAAACUCCAAUGGUGUUUUUCUUUAGGUUUGGCUCUGUAUCUUCAUCCAAGUCUCAGCUGAUGAACAGUCUGAUCAAUGACAAACACAACACGUUCUUCCACAGGAACUGCCCAGGCAGCAGCAGAUCCAGAGUCCUGAUGGAUGGAGUGGUGGAGAUUGCCUGGUUCUGCCCUUCUGGGAAGAACACAGAUAAAUUCACUGACUGUGUGGCCUUCUGUAAUCUACAUGGAGACGCAGGAGUCCAUGAGAAACAGCUGCAGAUCCUCACUGAGAUGGCCUCAGUCAAUGUGGUUCUUCUGCCACGACUGCACACGGAUGACAGAAUUGCAGUUAAAAUAAAAAAAAUGUUCAGUGAAGAAAAGCCACUGAUUUGUCUUUUUACUGAACAUAAAAGUAAAGCAAUUCCAAAAAAGAAAGGAAAAUACAAGAUUGGUCUGAAAGACAGAAAUCAGUCAGAAGUAUCUGAAGAACUCAGAGGAGCUAUAAAGGAUUGUCUCUCAGAAUCAUCUUCCACUUUCAGACUUGAAGAUGUGUCCAAACAUUCAGACAUCAGAGUAGAUGAGGAAGAUGAUGAAGACUGCAGAAGAGGAAGAGCAGCAGCACAGCAGAUGAUCAGUUUACUGGAGAAGAAAAAGCUGACAGAAAUCAAAGAAUCAUUUCUGCCUCAUCAGGGGAAACUGUGGCAUCAGUGGAGUCAGAAGAACAAAGAACUACAUCGACUUCGAGGAGAUGACGAUGAAGUGGAAAUAAAAACUGAAAUGAAAAAUAAACGUCAAAAUCAAUAUAAAUCUGUCAUCAGUGAGUUUAUGAACUUCUUUAUUAAAGAAAUUAACUCACAUGAUAGACAUAAGAUGUUUUUCCUAAAAUGGCUUAGAAUUCUGCUUGAUGAAUAUGCAUCAGCUGAUAUUAUUACUCUACAUCACAAGUACAAUGAAAAGUGGUCAACAGUCUUAAAGCUAACAGAGAAUACAAAAAAAUCUCAUCAACUCAAGGAUGAACAAAUUGAACUUGAGAGAAUAUCUGAGGAUCUUCAAGCUGCAGCUUUUGGUCUAGAGCACAUCAUGAGGGAGAUCGGUCAGAUCUAUGAAUCAUGUUCAUCUGUGAAGGAGAACAAGAAAGAUCUGCCAGUUCACUUCUCUUCUCUCCCGAGUCUCGCAGCAAAGAUGAUGAUCUCUGGGUUUCCACUGGAGCUGAUGGAUGGAGAUGCUGCUCAUGUUCCUCUGGUCUGGAUCUCUGCUGUUUUUGAUCAACUCGUCCAGAAACUGGGAGACCAGACCAGAGUCUUUGUGCUGUCAGUUUUAGGGAUCCAGAGCUCUGGGAAAUCCACCAUGCUGAACGCCAUGUUUGGACUCCAGUUUGCCGUCAGUGCUGGCAGGUGCACCAGAGGAGCUUUCAUGCAGCUGGUCAAAGUGUCUGAGGAGAUGAAAACACAGAUGAACAUUGACUAUAUUCUGGUUGUUGAUACUGAGGGUCUUUGUGCUCUAGAACUGGCUGGAAGAUCAACAAGACAUCAUGACAAUGAAUUGGCCACAUUUGUUGUUGGUCUUGCCAAUCUAACAGUAAUCAACAUCUUUGGAGAAAACCUAUCCGAGAUGCAGGAUGUUCUUCAGAUUAUUGUUCAGGCCUACCUGAGGAUGAAGAAGGUCAGACUAAAUCCUAGUUGUGUGUUUGUGCAUCAGAAUGUCUCAGACAUCACAGCUGUAGAAAAAAACAUGGAGGGAAGAAGACGAUUGCAAGAGACACUGGAUGAGAUGACAAAACUUGCUGCUGAGGAGGAAGUCUGUGAUGCAGAAUGUUUCAGUGAUGUCAUUAGAUUUGAUGUUCAGAAUGAUGUGAAGUAUGUUGCUCAGCUCUGGGAGGGCAGUCCACCAAUGGCUCCCCCAAAUCCAAACUACUCUGAGAACAUUCAAGAACUGAAGGAAACUAUUAUGUCUCGCGCCUCAAAAUUGGAUGGAAUGCUGCUGAAUAAUUUAAAAGAUCAUAUUAAAAAUCUCUGGAAAGCUUUACUUAAUGAACAAUUUGUCUUAAGCUUCAAAAAUUCCCUUGAGGCUGCAGCUUACAAAAAACUGGACACUGAAUACAACAAAUGGUUGAAUAGUCUUCAUUGUGCCCUGAUAGAAACUGAGAAAAAACUACACAGCCAAAUAGAAAAUGAAGCAAUUCACAAGGUUGAGAAAUCUGAUCUUCAAAGAGAACUGAAGAAGACAGUUGAACAAGUGGAAAAAUCACUGUCUGAAUUCUUCGAGAGGGAUGCUUAUGCAAAUAUACUGAUUAAAUGGAAAACAUCAUUUGAAACAAAACUUAAAGAGCAUCAGGAAAACAUUGUGAGUCAAACAAUUAUUAAAGUCAAUGAGAUUCUUCAAAAGAGAGACAUGAAUAAAAAGAUUGAUGCUCAGAGGACACAUCAUGAAAAAACUCUCUAUGAAAAGAGCAAAGAACUGGCCUUAAAACUCAACGAGAAAAAAAACAACGAAGGAACACAGAAGGAAGAGUUUGAUUUGUUCUGGAAACAGUGUGUGAAAAGCCUUACAGACAUUGAUAUAUUGGGAGAUGUGAGAAAGAUCCUCGGUGACUGGAAAGAGGAUGAUAAGUUCAAUGACAUUUUCACUGUGAAGAGUUAUUUUACAUAUGUUACAUUUAAAAAUAAUUCAAAAAGUGGAAUUGAAGGAGUUGAAAAUCACUAUAAAGAAACUCUCUUUUUACAAAGUGACUCCCAAAUCAGAUCAUUUAUUGAAGAUGUUGCUCAUCAAACAGAGACAAUGAUUCAGUCAUUUAACAUUUCAGAGAAUGGCUACAGCAUCAGCUACAUCCAACAGCUCACAGAUAACAUCAAAAAAAGGGUAAAAGAACAUGUGAAGGGACCAGUGAAAUAUCAGUUCACAGAUGAAUUCUUCAUUGAUUUGAUUUUUUCCAUCUGCAUGAGAAUAAAUGACAGGAUCACUGAAGAACACAGAAGGUUCAGGAAGGCAAAUUAUCCAGUUCUCAAUUUGAGGAAGAAAAGAGAUGAGUACUACAGUAUUUUCAUUAAAUACUGCCAUGCAGCAACAUCAGCUGCUAUUUUAGGUCAGAUCAUCUGUCAGAAACUGAGAGAGCCCAUUGAGCUGAGCAUCUACAGGAAAACCUCCAGAGAUUUAGCAGAUGAAAUGAGAUCAAACUGUGAAUCACUGAAUGGAAACAGAUCAAAUCUGGAGAAACACAUCCUGAAGACACUGGCAGAAGAGGAGGACUUUGACAAAUACAUGAACUACAUUGAAAAUCCCAGAGGUCACUACAAGAGUUUCAUCAGAGAUGAAGUCAGUCGCUACAUCAGAGAUAAGUUCAGCAUCUGUGUUUUACCCAAGAUGAAGGAGAACAUUAAACUCCUGCAGCAGAAGAUCAUGAACGCAGCACAUCAAUCUACUGAACAUGUUCAAGUCAACAGUGGAGAUGUUGGUUUGUGGUUGAAGAGUUUCACACAGCAGCUCUCAGAUCAGCUGAUCUUCUCUGAAGAACACCUCAGUGGAGUCAAACAUGAUGAUGUUGAUGAUUUCAGACUCCUAGAAGAUGUGAUCAGACAAGAGCUUCCUGCUGUAAUGUCAGACAUCAGCAGCAGAUUCAACACAGACACAUUUCCAGUAAAGCUGGACUAUAAGUUCAGGCCAGAUGAGCUUCUGAUUGAUCACUUCUGUCAGUGCUGUUGGGUUCAGUGUCCAUUCUGUGGAGUCACCUGCACAAACACCAUAGAAAACCAUGAUGGAGAUCACAGUGCUCCUUUACACAGAGUUAUUGGAAUUAAAGGCACAGUUUACAAAUCAACAAAUACUCUAGUUUGUAAUAUCUGCUCAAAAUUACAUGAAAGUUAUUACCUUAUUAAUAAACAAACUGGAAAACAUUAUAUUAAAUACCACACAAGAGGAGGAGGAGUUUAUGCAGACUGGAGCAUCAUUCCUGAUCUCUCUGAAAUGCCCUACUGGAAGUGGGUUGUGUGCAGAUUCCAGAAAGAUCUGGAAAACUGCUACAGUAAAAUAUUUGAGGGUCAUGGCAUGAUCCUAAAUGAAUGGAGAAGAUAUACAAAAAAGCAAGCUAUUGAGAGUAUAGACGGACAUUUCCAGGAGAUCGAACAUCCAGUGACAGUUUCACCAGUGUAACUGAACUCAUCUCCACCUCAUAAGAGCAGAACAUCAUAAAAUACACCUGAAGAAGAUUAAAGAUAAUAAAUUAAUCAUACAUGCAUAUGUAAAUUUACUAAAACAACACAUCUCAGAGCAUAUGUCUACUUGCAGUCACAAUAUAUUUUGUAUAUUAUAGUCCAAUUAUUAUUGAUUGAUUGAUUGAUGAAAUCUCAUGAAGAAACUCUCCUGAUUUUACACACACACUGCCAAGACAUUAGUUUUUAUUUUCCAUAACCUUGUUAUACUCAGAGUUCAGAUAUUUUUGAUUAUACAUUACUUAUUGUAAGGGCUACAGUGGUGCAGUGGGUAGCACUGUCGCCACACAGCAAGUAGGUCGUGGGUUCGAGCCUCGGCUGGGUCAGUUGGUGUUUGUAUGUGGAGUUUGCAUGUUCUCCAUGUGUUCGCGUGGGUUUCCUCCAGGUGCUCCGGUUUCCCCCACAAAUCCAAACACAUGCGGUACAGGUGAAUUGGGUAGACUAAACUGUCUGUAGUGUAUGAGUGUGUAUAGAUGUUUCCCAGUGAUGGGUUGCAGCUGGAAGGGCAUUCGCUGCAUAAAGCAUAUGCUGGAUAAGUUGGUGGUUCAUUUGGCUGAGGCAACCCCAUAUUAAUAAAGGGACUAAGCCGAAAAGAAUGAAUGAAUUACUUAUUGUUAAUUAGGCUAGUUUGUUUUAGUUUUUAAUUAGUUACAGCUUGUCUGUUAUUGCAAUUCUUGAUUUAUAAUUUUUGAUCAAAUAAAAGUAUUUUUAAGCUUGAAUAA